GGGGGAGGGCUGGGGGCCGAUGCGGGCGGGGGCGUCUGCCAGCUUGGUGGCUCGUGCGACUCCUCGUUGCGGUCCGGUGACUUGCUUGUGAGCUGCGCAGGCUGCUUCCCCAGGUGUUUUAUGGAUUAACUCUUCAUUGAUUACAUACAGUAGUGUAGUUAUGGCGACCUUCCAGACAUUCAGAAGCAGUCAUGUGAAGACUAGAGCAUCGAGUUUCAGUGAAGAUGUUUUCCAGUCUGUAAAGUCUUUAUUACAGAGUGAAAAGGAACUAUGUAGUAUAUCAGCAGAGGACCGUUUGAAGCAGGAUGAACGUGCCAACUUGACUGAGGUCACAUUUCUAGGUUUUAAUGAAGAAACAGAUGCUGCUCAUAUACAGGAUUUAGCUGCAGUUUCUUGGGAACUUCCAGAUCUUCUGAAUUCACUGCACUUCUGCAGUCUAAAUGAAAAUGAAAUUAUUUGUAUGAAGGAUAUACAUAAAUCAUCAGAUAUGAACAGUGGUCCUCUAAGCCAGAGUCAUCAUUCUGGAAUGCUUUGUGUCAUGAGAGUGUCACCUACAUUACCAAGACUCAGAAUGGAUUUUAUCUUCAGUCUCUUAAGUAAAUAUGCCACUGGUAUAAGAUACACCCUGGACACACACUUGCAUCAGAAGCACCGACUUGAGACCACUAAUGAAGAUGACGACAAUACUAACCAGUCUGUGUCUUCCAUAGAGGAUGACUUUGUCACUGCUUUUGAGCACUUAGAGGAAGAAGAAACUUCAAAGCCAUAUGUUGAUGGAAUGAACAUUAAUGCAUUAAGGAGUCAGUGUGAUGCUGCUUCACAGACUACUUCUGGGCACCAUUUAGAAACCCAGGAUUUUAGGGUUCUCAUUAGCUCUGGGCAGCAGAAAUCAUUGGCUAAACCUUCAACUUCCUUAAUAAAUAUUCUGAGACAUAAAGAACUACCUUCCGUGAAAACUUCAGUUACAACAUUAAUUUCAGAGCCUUGGAUCCAGAGGAGUUUCUAUAGGUCAUCUGAUGCUUCAGAUAAAGGUAGUGAUACACAGAAAAUGGUUUUUUCUUCUUCUCCUGCCUACUCCUCUGAAUCAGAAUGUUCAAGUCCAAGCCCGGUUAUUUUCUUGGAUGAAGAGGGAUAUCAAAAAAGUUUAAAAGCAAAACUCGAGUUGCCUAAAAUUCCUGUGAUGAAAGAUGAUAUAGAGGAUUCAGAUUCAGAAGUCAGUGAAUUUUUUGAUAGUUUUGAUCAGUUUGAUGAACUAGAACAGACUUUAGAGACUUCUUGUCCAUUUCUAAAAGAUCCCGUCAUGGGGAAGCCAUUGCAAAAGAAAGGGCACAAACAUGAAAAAUCUUGUUCUGUAACCACUACUAUGAAUCCUCAAAAAUUCGAGUUUGAUCAUCCAGCUCUUCCAGCCAAUGUCAGAAAGCCAACUCCUCGUAAACCAGAAUCCCCUUACAGUAAUCUGUGUGAUGCUCCGGAUUCUCCUCGCCCAGUGAAGGCAUCGGGGGAGGACAGUGGUUUGUUUAGCCCUAUUCGAACCUCUGCUUUUAGUCCUCUUGGAGGCUGUACUCCUGCUGAAUGUGUUUGCCAAACAGAUAUUGGUGGAGACAGGAUUCAUGAAAAUCAUGAUUCUCUUUAUUACACCUAUGAAGAUUAUGCGGAUAGCAUUUCAUGUGAAGUACUGGGCUCGGUUCUUCAUACCCAGUAUACGAAUGCAACGUCAAAUAAUAAGAGUAUUGGAAGGGGAGAAGAUAAAACCAUAGCUCUUAACAAUGACUGCCUUGAUGAAAAAAUUAAAUCUAAAAAUAAAUCCUUAAUGAUCAAGGAUAGUAUUCAGAAAUUUGCAGCAGAUCUUGUGGAAAAAAGUUUUGGUAGUGCAUUUAAAGAUUUACGGAGAGGAGUCUCUUCUUGCACCAAUGCAUUGUGCCACUUAGCCCUCAAACUGACAUCAGUUGUUUUUCAGAUGGCAUUUAAUGAACUGAGAAGGCAGCGUGCAUUUUCACUGAAAGAACGUGCCAUUAGUGGUCUGGCUAACUUUUUGGUGUGUGAGGCUUUGUCAAGUGCUUUAAAAGAUUUGCACUAUGUCAAGAAACAGGUAUUUACAAACACAGUUGCUAGGUUUGCUGCAGAUCUUGCUGAAGAGCUUGUUUUUGAAGGUAUCAUGGAAGUGUGUCAGUUUUCAUAUCCUGCAACACCUGCCUCUCCACAGGGUUGGUCAUUUGACUAUGAAGACAAAGUAGUGAAGUCAUAUGCAAAAGAUUUGUCUGAAUCUGUAAUACAGGAAGCAUUCAUUGAACUGUCACAGGUUGAUGUGACCUUUACAACAAAGGCAGCAGUUAGCGUUUCUACAGAUAACAUAAAGUACGUGAGUACAGAAAAUUUAGUGCCAUUAACCCAGAUCUCCACACUUUCUCCUACUUUUAUCAGUCAAACUACUAGGAUUACAAAACCAAUGCAGGAACAUAAAAAGGAGUACACAGUACAGCAGGCUUUGUUUUGUACUUCUGGAAUUGUUACUUCUAUACCAGUGCCAUUGGCAGGAAGUGCCCUUCCAUAUCAUAUUUCAUCUAAUAUAUAUCAAGCAAAGUCUCAUGUGUCGCCUGAUAAUAACUCAGAGGGUAAUUCUACCACAGCAUGUGGUACAACAAAAAGCAAAGGAGAGGAAGGAGCUUGUUUCAGAAAUAUUUUUUUACCUUCAGAACACAAUCCAGGUAAACAGAAUGAUUUUAAACCAUCUAAUGAUGACACUGAAAUACAAAGCUCUUCAGAAUUAACAAGCAAUCCUGUGAUUAUUAGCAAUUUUUCUGCAAUAAUGGUGCAUACUAUAGUAAAUGAAACUUUAGAGUCAAUGAUGUCAUUCAAAGUUACAAAAACAGUUGAUGAGUGCACAGAUUGUUUAACUAAAACAGUAAUGGGAAAAACCCCUUCAUUCCACUGUGAUCAGGCACCACUGCAACAGAGUGAACCUAGUAAUAAGGACAUGUUUGCUGAUCGAUUGUGUAAAUCUGUUAUUAAACAUUCCAUAGACAAAAGCAAAUCAGUGAUCCCAAAUGUUGAUAAAAAAACAGUACACAAGGAAGGCUUGCCUGUUCCUGGAGAAGAGUCACAGUUGAUCUUGGAAAAGUUCCCCCAAUUUUUUGAUGCUCAAGAUCAGUUAACUCACUUUUCACUUUCAGUAGGAAAGGAUUGUGUUUCAGAAUGUAAAGGUUCUAUGACUCAUGGAUUUUCUUUAGAGACACUACCACCAUGCCCAACCACAGCAGGUCAGAAACCUAAGUUGAAGGAAAUUGCUAAGGACAAACAAGUGAAAAAGCAUAAUUUGAAUAAUACAGCACUUGAACCCUUGUCUUUUGGGCAGGAAACCCCUUUGCCCCAUUCACAUACUUUCUCAUCUACAGUGCUUACAUGUGCAGAUGGUUUCCACAUGGAAGAUAAACAGAAAAUCAGAGAUGGAAAUGUAAUACCUGAUACUCCUCCAUCAACUCCUCUGUUACCAUCCCAGGCUAGUUCUGAAUGGGAUAUCAAGAAGUUAACCAAAAAGCUCAAGGGGGAAUUAGCAAAAGAAUUUGCACCUGCAACACCACCUUCUACACCUCACAACUCAUCUGUUGGUAGUUUGUCUGAAAAUGAGCAAAAUGCUAUAGAAAAAGAAGAGUUCAUGUUGAAACUCAUGCGGUCUCUUUCAGAAGAAGUAGAAAGUAGUGAAGGUGAAGAGCGUUCAGAAGUGGAUGUGAAGUCAGAGCACUCAGGGAAGAAAGUUCAGUUUGCAGAAAUGUUAGCUGCGCACAUCAUUUCUCUUGCAACUGAAAUGGCAGCUUCCCAUUUAGAUAAAAGAAUUCAGGAAGCCAAGGUUAAAAGCCCCUGCUUAAAUGUGCAAAGAAGUAUAUCACCUACUUUUUUAAAUAGCUCAGAUGAAAAUUUACAAACGUUAUGUAAUUUUGCAGAUGAUAUGGCAGCAGAAGUCAUUCUAGAAGCUGAGAAAAUAGCAAAAGUGAGAAGUUGUUUGCGUUCCAGGCACAGGAAGAACAGUUGUUAUGUUGGCGGUGACCAAGAUUAUAGAUCAGAAGAGAAGUUCAAUGUAGAGGCUAUAGCACACCCAAGAGAAGUAAAUCAGUUUAUUCUUUCAUUACCACCAAGUUCUUACUUAUCAAGUCUGACAUAUAAGUAUCCCAGUUGUGAAAGUGUGACAGAUGAAUAUGCUGGACACAUUAUCCAAAUCCUAAAACAGGAAGGUGGCAAUAGUGAGUUAAUAAUGGAUCAGUAUGCCAAUAGACUUGCUUAUCGAUCUGUUAAGUCAGGAUUACAAGAAGCAGCUAAAACAGCCAAAAUGAAGUACAAGUCAAAAGUGUUCCCCAUGCAGAAUCCACAGGUGAAAACCAACAAUGAACUGUUAGUACUUGUUAGUAAAGAACCCCACCAAGAAGUGGAUGAAAAAAGACAGAGUGAAAGUGGAGGAGGUUCCCUUUUUAAGAAUCGUACAUGUGAAUGGACACGGUGUACGUAUAGAAAUGAGUGCUCUGAACUGUACAGUUUUUCAUCCUCUCUCGCUCAUAGCAUAACAAGAGAUGUUAAAAAAGAGCUGACAGCAUCUGCCACUGGCUUGCCAAAAUCCUUAACAGAUGCUUGCCUUUAUGAAAAAUCUGGAUGUGAUGAAGAUACCAGAUCUCACAUUGAGCCAGAAUUGCCUAAGUCUCUUCAGCCUUCUUUACAAAAUCACAGAUUUUACCACAGUACAAGCAGCUUGAAUGGACAUGGCUGUGGAGAGAAUGUUGCUCAGGCUAUAGAACAGUAUGCUAAAAAAGUGGUGGAUGACACUUUGGGGCUAAGUUUAGGAUCUGCAGUUUCCCAUCUGUCUGAGACUACAGAAGCAGCUAAUAGGACCACAUAUGCAGAAAAAUUGUCACCUCUUGUAAGUCAAGUUUGCAGGUACUGUGAUCGUAAAGAACUGCAUGAUUGCACUGGAAAUUCAUCUCAACACUUUUCCAGACAGGAUUCCCCUGCCAGUAGGAAGCCAGUUUCUACUUCAAAAUUUAGCAACAUCUAUCAGAAAUCUAGAAUUUUUCAUCUUGAUGUCCCUCAAAUUUAUGUUGAUCUUGAUAAGAAGACGGUGCUUGCGGAGAAGAUAGUUGCUGAAGCUAUUGAAAAAGCAGAGAGAGAGCUGAGCAAUACCAGUUUGGCAGCUGAUAGUGGAAUUGGGCAAGAAGGCAUUAGCUUUGCUGAAAGCCUUACCACAGAAAUAAUGACAUCAGUGAUGACGAAUGUGGGAUAUGCUGGUAGCAGUCCAAAAGAAAUAGAAGACUUUCAGUCAAUUGAGUCUCUUGGUAGCCAGCAGAUGAAUCUCAGUAUUGGUGAUGACAGCACGGGUAGCUGGUCCAAUUUAAGUUUUGAAGAUGAACACCAGGAUGAAAGCAGCAGUUUUCAUCACCUAAGUGAAAGUAAUGGUAACAGCAGUAGCUGGAGCAGUCUUGCUUUAGAAGGAGAUUUGUAUGAGGACAAUUUAUCCUUUCCAACAUCAGACAGUGAUGGGCCAGAUGAGCAGGAUGAAGAGCAUGAGGAUGAUACAGAAGGUUUGGAGCAAGAUGGAAAGACUCUGCUAAUUACGAAUAUUGACAUGGAGCCUUGCACUGUAGAACCCCAACUAAGGAUCAUUCUUCAGUGGCUUGUUGCCUCUGAGGCUGAUGUUGCAGAACUUUAUUUUCAUGACUCUGCAAAGAAAGAGUUUAUACAGCUUUCAAAAAGAUUACAAGAGAAAGAAUGGAAAGUGGGAGACCUCCUGCAGGCUGUACUGAAAUACUGUGAAGUGAUGGAAAAGAUUUCCAGUGAGGAGCAUUGCAAGUCACUGUUUGAUUGGCUCUUGGAAAAUGCAUAGAACAAACUCCAAACCAAUAUAUUUUAUCAUUUGUUUCAGAAGAGGAAGAAAUAGUUAAGAUGCAUAGGGUUAAAUUUGAGUAGUGAAUAUGAAUAAAGUGAAUUGGGAGGAAGUAAAUACAGCUUUUUAAGUGCUUUGUGUCAUCACACAGUAUAUAUAGUUCAUACUUUUGUAAUCUCUAUCAAAUAUUAUCUUCAUUUAUUCUUCUGUACACAUGUGUAGUGUGUUAAGACCCUAAGAACAUGUGUUUGAAGGAAGGAAUAAUAAUAAUAACCGUGAUGUUUUCAGGGACACUGACUGACAGCACUCUGUUUGCAUCCAAAUAGUGCUGUAGUAACUUGCACUGAGGGGACUGAGGAUGACUUCCAGGGAGAGAGUUAAAAUUGGGCUCCUUUGCAAACAAAUAGUAUCCACAAUAACAGUAAGGCUUUUAAAAAAAAAAUUUUGUCCAAUUUUAAAAACUUAGUUUUAUUUUCAUGGCUCAGCUUUGGUAUCAUCUUUUUGAAUCCUCCAAACUAAUUUCUCAGAAACAUUAGUAUUUUAGGUUUCUAUAAAUAUCAUAGUUUCCCAAGCCUUCUAUCAAAUGAUAUUAUUUGCUAAUGUUACCAAUUGUUCUGGCAUGAAAGUGAGAAUGUGUGUGUGUUUAGUAGGGAGUGCUUUACCUUGCUAGUGGCUUGUGCCCCCUUUAAUUUUAGUUUUCUUAGAAACCCACUGUAAACAUAAAAAGGUGCUUACAAUGAAAUGUGUAUAAGGAUUGUGCAUUAAAAGUUUUUUCUUUUUUAUUAUUUUGGGUGCCCAGCUUAUCCUAUAAAUGAAAAAAAGGCUUGAAACAUGUUGAAAUGUUAAUGCAGAAAUACAUUUAGAGUAGCCCAGUAAUUUGAUUUUCACUUUUGGAUUUUUGAAAAAACAAUCCACUUUAGCAAGGGUAAGCUUUUUCUAGAAAAAAAUGGGAUACCCCCCCAACCCUUGAAAAAAUGUGUCUGCACUAUUUUGUAAAGUCCUCUGAUAUGAUGUUUCUGGGCUCUACAUUUCCUAUUACUUUAUCUUUAGAAACUGCAAGUUGCUUUCAAUAAAGGACCAAGAUUGUAUCUUGGUUAUGUAUGUGAGGAAACGUGCAUGUGAAUUUUUCCUUCUUAACGUUAGUGGAUUGUUGUAAUCUAGAGUAAAUCGCUUUAUGUUGGGGGCUUUGGUUUUACUCCAUUACAUUUUCUUUUUUCCUGAGCACUGACUGUCCUGGAAGGUGCACAAAGUAUAGAAGACAUAGCACCUGCCAGGGGGCAAGGAAUAAGGGCACUUAACAUUAAUCGUAAUUAAUAAUUAUGGUAGAGAAAUGUAUUUUAUAACGAAAGAGUCAAAUCUGCUUUUUAAGAAAAAUGCCAAAAGCUGUUUAAAUAUUUUGAGGUUACAUUGUAAGCUGCGGUUUUUCUCAACUUAAAGGAAUAGAGCAAGCCUUAAAAAUAAAUUUUCCUGAAGUUUCUUCAAGUAUUUUGUAAGGUGGAAAAAUGCAGGAAAUGUAUAUAACCAGAAUUGUUUCUGUCUUUAGCUUCUCAGAACUUGAGAUGCAGCAGCACUGGACUGGGUUUUUAAAUGUUAGGAACCAGGUUGUUGAUUAUAACAUGGAUUAAUUGUUUAUUAAGUUCAGAUUGAAUUUUUACAAGUAUAUGUAACUAUCAGGUUGUGUUUAGUAACUUCAAUGUAUGUGUGGGUGUGAUUAACAGCAAAACUGAAUUCUGAAUUUCUUUUAAAGUGAUAGUAUCUUCUGUAAAGCUUGUAAAGCUUUCUGCGCUUGGAAAUAUUUAUGUUUAUUUCUCUUACAGUAAUAAUCAUUUUGACGUAAGAUUUCCCUCAUAUCCUUGUUUCCAUUGCCUUUUUCUGGAGCUGUGCUGGAUUCAAUGUUCCCCUAUUCAGCUACUACAUAAUGACAGAUGAGGCUUUAGGGAUUAGCAUGCAUGGCAGUAACCACAGUGGAGCCCCAUACUCGUAUCUGCUCAGUGCAGGAGCAGAGAGAACAUAUGAAGCCCUGGCAGACAUGAAAAGAAGUGUGAGGUGAGCUUCCGCAUACAGAGUGAAGCCAUUUGAGUUUAGAGCAGUAUCUUUUAAUUAAAUACAGUCUAACUUACUUUCUUUAAAGGCACUUUGUGAUUUUUCCAAAGACACUGUAGUUCUGUUAGGUUGCUCAAUCUUUAGAGUAGCUCUUUUUGUUUAGGACAACUCUGUCUUACUUUAUUACAGAUCUACUUGACAUAUUUAUAACAUAGUAAUUUUUCCAUUCUGUACAUUUUGGCUCUUAUGAAGUAUCAUGUCUUAUUACUCAGAACUGUUGAAGUUGUGAUGCGCAUUGAAUUGAAUUUUCUAUCUAUUUCAGAACUAUCAAAGGAUUUGUAGAAAGAAAGUGAAUGAGGCCUCUGAUAAGAGGAUUUUAGAACAUUAAUUCAGCCUGAAAUGUGUGGCAAUUCUUUCAUAGUUUCCCAAGCCAAGUUUAAAUUCCAUUUAUAUUUUGGAUGAUAUUAAUGUUAAUUUUGGAAAUAUUUCCUGAUCUAUACAAAAGUAAUGAUUCAUUUAUGAAAUCACAAGAAAAUUACAGUAUCAGAUGGUAUGAUACAGUUUAAUGGAGUAAUAAAACCUUUGAGAGUAUUCUUUCAGUGAAUAUAUGUGAUAGCAUCUUUAUACUUUGAAAUAUUUCACUUACCCUUUCAGAUAUUUGAUGUGAAUUAAUUCAAUUUAUAAUACUUAAAUUUUGCUUAAAUAAGGGUUUUCAUGUUGGCAGGAGAAUUUAAUUAUUAAAUGCACCAUGUAUAAACUGAUAGUUUACCCACAUGACUUAGACAUCAGUACACAAACUUUAACCUUGAUUUAUCAUCAGAGCCUGGACUCAGAUUUUUUCUUAGUUAAUUAUUUAGCUAAUAUUACUCUUCCACAUAUUAUCAGUUUCCCAUCCAUAUAUUGCUUUACACAUUUUUCAAAAGAAACUUUUCACAGAAUUUUUUAAAGAUAAUGCAUCCGUACUUAGGGUGUAGGGAGAAUGCUUUCCAUUUAAAACCUGUUCACCUGUCACCAGCAUUAAAGAGAAUUAGUUUCAGUGGGAGUUAUAAAAUUAUACUGAAGUGGAACGCAUUUUUCUAAUUUUCAGCAGAAGGUCCCGCCCACAUUCACUCACUCACUGUAUUCCUGCUCGGAAGAUGCAGGUGCAGUGUUAGUCACGCUCGUCACUUUAUUUAUUUAUUUAUUUCACCAUCCAUGUACAUUCCUUUCACAUGGGUAGAAUUGUAGUUCUAGAAGUUCAUGUUUUGUUUUUGUUGCAAUGUUUGAAUACUAUUUAAUAUCAGGUUUUAAUACUGCUGGAUUUGCUAGUUCGUUUACUUGUGCAGUGUUAAAAGUAAUUCACAUUCUUAUUUAAUAUACCAGAUAUAUAGCAAGAGCAGCUUUGUGUAAUUGCAGCUGUUUAUUUGUUCUGAGUUACUGCAUUAAGAUCUUGUGUUGUGUAACAAUAACUUUGCUUUUCAGUAAUACUGAAACUAUGAACUAUGAACUUCAGGAUGCACUAAAUUUUUGUUUUUGCAGUAGCUCAAAAUAAACGUUUCAGAAAUUACUUUUGUAAUAAUUUGCAAUUAAUUGUCCUUUUAUCUUUUAUCAAAUUGUUUAAGUCUGUGAUCUUUCCUCUCCCAACUAAGAAUUCUCCAAUAAAUGUCAGAGAUGCCUG